AUGGAUUGGAGCAAAGUGGAGGAGUUAGCCCUCUUAGGCUACUAUGGGAGAGACAAGGGGCCCUUCUUCAACUCAACACCGAGUGCUUUAAUGGGGCUUCGAAGAUUGGAGCUCGAAGGUGAAUGUCGAGGCACCACGCUUCGAUUCCUUCAAAACCUGCAGAACGACACGCUGACACAUUUGGUGUGGAGGGGCUACUUCAAUUCCACUCUGCCCUUUAUCGUUCAACAGUUCCAAGGCUCAUCUCUCGAACACCUCGAUAUCCACACCUCGGAGACAGUCCAUGUGGAAAGCCCGUCAUUCUCAGCCUCGGAACUCGAGCCACUCCAGCACCUGCCCAACCUGACCCAUCUGUCACUCAACGUUGCACGAAACGGCACCUGGCCGUUGGAAAUGCUAUCAGCGAUCUCUCAGAUUCCAUCGCUGCGCACUGCCGACUUGUGGCUGGACAUCGCCUCCACGUGCUGGAAACAGAAGGAAGACAGCUGGUAUCCUGAAUCAGAGGACACGGGUUGUAUGGGAGAGGAUCAGUACCUGCUGCCAUUCAUCAACGAGACAACGACACUGGAGGUCUUCAAGCACAUGCGUGCGAAUAAGGUCGGCAACCCAUGUUGCUUAUUUUUCCACUUGACAUCUUCAAGACCCUCUUUGACACAAGGAAGAGACUCGGAAAUGAAUGCAUCUUCCCUCAGCUCCUCGACUCCAAUUUGCUCGGAGAGCGAUGUCACUAGUCGAAAACAAGCCCUUUGGCCGGGAACACCAACAUUGCAAGAUGUGAUACCAUGUGACACCGAAUCCAGGAAGUAG